AUGUUAUGUGUGAGUUGCCUGGAACAAACUGAGUCGCUAUACGUGACAUAUUCGAACAGACAUAUACAGCUAACGCAAUGUAAGCGUUGCCACAAGCCAGUAGACAAAUAUGUUGAGAGAGACAAUGUGAUCCUGUUCAUCGACUUGUUACUGUUGAAACCUGGUGCUUAUCGACAUUUAGUAUUUAAUUCACUGGAGAGCAAUCUAGAUAAAUACAUUGAUAUGGAUAGUGAGAUAAAUGGAACCAUGAUGAAUAACUUGAGCUGUUGGUGGAAUAAGUUUGAUUUACUCAAUAGAUUAUGGAUUCUUUUAAUUACUUUUGAAAUAUAUCUAAAGUGUGCCACAGAGGAAUCUCGUUAUUCGCAAUUGUGGAAAUCAGCUGCGAAAUCAAAUAUCCCCUUAGACCUGAUUCAUUUGAGAAGUGCGCAAUUCCAAUACAUAUAUUUCACAUUAUAUUCUCUGUUGGAUAUUUUGUUAUUUCAUAAUCUGAUACAGUAUGCAGUAAUAGUAUUCUAUAAUUGGGGACAUGAUAUCAAAUAUGCCAAACAAGUCGUGUCCUACACAAUUUUGUUAUCUUAUGGUGCUAAGAUAUUUCCUGUGUUGAUGCUGAUUUGGCCCUAUGACACUAUAAUAUCGAUGGAUAUUAUUAAGGGUGUAGCCAACCUUUAUAUCAUCGAAUCACUAAAGAUAGUCACGAAUUUGUCAUACGGAAAGAUUAUACGAAUAUUCUUGACUGUGACGCUUAUUAGGAUUGUUAUUGUUAGACUUAUUAUGAUCCUAUUCUUGACUGGGGGGAAUUUGCCUUUAACUAUCAAUUAUAUUAUGAGUACUUUAUGGAUGAGGCAAAUAAUGUUCUUAUAG